AUGAGCAUACAGCCGGGACAAGUGGUCACCGAUCCAAGUGACUUUGCAGGAACAACUAUCCCGGAGUUGGCAGACCUUGACAGCCUGCUGCGAUGCCAUAUUUGUAAAGACAUGUUACAGACACCAGUGUUAACACAAUGCGGGCAUACAUUCUGCUCACUAUGCAUCCGAGAAUACUUGAACAAAGAAAGCCGGUGUCCUCUAUGCCUGGCAGAACUCCGGCAGAAUAUGCUCCAGAAAGAGUUCCUAGUGGGCGAGCUCGCCGCAUGCUACAUGGAAUUGCGCGCGCGGUUGUUGGAAACGGUACGAAUACCUCCAAAGAAAGUAGCUGAGGUCGUACAGAAUAAUUCACCUAUUGAGUUGGAUUCAGAUGGCGAAGUAGAGAUAAUUGAGAGCUGCACCGGGGCAGUGCCUGGCUCGAAGAGGGGAUCACCGCAGGUUGAAGAGGUUGAGGCUGCCGCCAAGAGGCAGCGUACGAAACAGAAUGGGAUUCAAUACAUGCUACAGAAGAAGCCAAAGGCAGUUGGUGAGAAGGUGCCUUGUCCAAUAUGCAAUCGCCUAUAUAAUAAAGAGUUUCUGGAGCGUGUGCACUUGGAUGAAUGUCUUAUGAUGGGAACCCUGCGGGAGAGCGGAGAAAGUGAUAUCACUGUCAUAGAGCAGCAGUCAUACACGGCGGAACCAGAUUCUAAAAACUCUCACGUUGCAGAAAGGCGUGGCGAGUCACCGGUAGAUGAGGUUGUCACACACAAGGAGUCGUAUUUGGGAUCCGGGCUUCGAGUGACAAAAUCGCGUCUUCCCAAGCUUCACUUCACCUCCCUCUCCACCAGUCAGCUAAAACAGAAGCUAUCGGAACUAGGCCUACCUACUGCAGGAUCACGACAACAAAUGAUUAACAGAUAUAACCACUAUGAAUUACUUUGGAAUAGCAAUUUCCUCGAUUCUAUCCAACCAGUUGGUGAGGGUGAGCUACGGAGAAGCUUAUUAAGUUGGGAAGCCACGCGUAAUACGGAUACCCCCAUAUCAUCUGGCGUGUCCAGCAGCAUUACGAAUAUGCUAAAAACUAAUAAUAGUGCGUCCACGCUUUUAAAAUCGUUUAAGACAGAUAAAUUUGAUAAAUCGGCAUGGUCUCGACUGCAUGGUAAGGAAUUCAGGAGGUUAAUCCGGGCAGCUAAAAAAAGUAUGUUGGAACAGGAUAGAGGUGAAGCCAUUACUGCUCAGAAUAAUGAGCUUUCCACCAAAGCAAGUGUUGAUAUGGAAUCUACUUCAUUCAGAAAUGAUACGAAUGAUACUAUAGACACUGUUACGGACGAGGUGCACGAGGAUUUAAAAUGA